CGUUUCUUAAUAUUGGCCCUCUGUAUCUGCCGUAGCACUGUAUAAAAGCAUCUUUAACCGGAAGUUCCACCCCUUUCCAUCCCCUCUCUGGCAGACUGACGCUCAGUCCGCUGACACGGCAGCAUGCCUCGCAAGAUAGAAGAAAUCAAAGAUUUCCUGUUGACGGCCAGGAGGAAGGAUGCCAAGUCCGUAAAGAUCAAGAAGAACAAGGACAAUGUUAAGUUCAAGGUGCGCUGCAGCAGGUACCUGUACACCCUGGUCAUCACGGACAAGGAGAAGGCGGAGAAGCUCAAGCAGUCUCUGCCCCCAGGUCUGGCUGUGAAGGAGCUGAAGUAAAUCCGUGAUGUACAGAGAAUUGUAAUAAAAAAAUUUGAAAACUGA